AUGGAGUACCACGAGCGGCAUGGGCACGAUGUCUGCAGCUUCGACCUGCCCUCUACGCACCGACUGCCGACCGUCUCCGCAGCACAGGCUCUCGAGGACCUGGAUGCCAAUGUUUCGAGAUUCGUAUCGACCAAUCUUCCUGACUUGGACAAGGCCUUAGCAGCCAGUGCUGCAAGUAGCUCCCCGAGGGAGGAAGCCAACGCCGGUGGCAUACAGAAAGGCCACCUCACCGAAAUCUGGGGGCCUCCCGGUGUGGGGAAGACUGCGUUCGGAAUCCAGGCCGCUGCAGACGUUCUACGAGGUGGCAAUGGCGUCGUCUGGGUAGAUUGCUUCUAUCCCGUCUCCCGCGAUCGCUUGACGGAGGUGUGCCGAGCCGGAGGAGCUGGCGGCCCGUCCAUGUCCUCCAAGCGGCUGCAGGUGCUUCAGAUGCAGGCGGAAAGAAGUGCGACUCUGAUACCUGCCAUCAACGCUAGCGUCUGGGAACAAGGCAUCGCCACGAGGGUGGCGCUGCUCAGAGACUGGAUGUGGGACGAUGGUCAUCCAUACGGGGCCCGUCUUGCCGCAUUGCAAAAGGUAAAUGGCAAGACGGCUGCAGAUGGUCUGGACAAGGUCUUCGCCUUCAGUAUCGACUCGACGGGUUUGGCCCCGGCACAAUUUGACGGACAUGCUGCGUCUUCCACAACUCCUGGCCCCAAGCGAAAGCUGGGCGAGACCGGCUUCGAAGUCGCCGACAGUGAAGAUGAGGACUACGGUUGGCAAGAGAAGGACAGCAGCCUCUUACCAGGGAUGCCACCCCAGUGGCAGGGCAGUGAGGACCUUAUACUUGGGCAACAAAACCACGGGACCGAAGGUGACAUCCACGAAGACUCUGGGCUGGAAGACGACCAUCGUUCUGAUGAGGAGCCAUGA